AUGAGAAGAGGAGGUGGAGGGCAUUUCUUUGCUAGCCUCACCAUAGGGUGGACUGCAACACCUUCGUGGACCCCUCCUCCUCCAUUAGCGACGAUCUUGGGUGUUGAUCUCUUAUCUCUCUACUUCAUCUCCAUAGUGUCGCCGACGUCGGCGUGGGAGUGGGUGUGGGUUGCAGAGGAAGCUCUCUUCUCUCUCUCUAUUCAUGGGUGGAAGUACGACGUGUUCCUGAGUUUCAGAGGGGAAGACACCGGCAAAAGCUUCACUGACCAUCUUCAUAGAGCUCUGUGUCAAAGAGGAGUCAAGACUUUCAUGGAUGACAAGCUCAGUAGAGGGCAAGAGAUCUCUCCAGCACUUGUAAAAGCAAUCGAAGAGUCCAGAUUCUCCGUCAUCGUUUUCUCUGAAAAUUAUGCUUCUUCAACAUGGUGUCUGGAGGAACUUGUCAAGAUUAUUGACUGCACCAAAGUGAUGGGACAUGCAGCUUUACCAGUUUUCUACAAUGUGGAUCCCUCUCAUGUGAGGAAACAGACAUGGAGUUUUGCACAAGCAUUUGCUAAGCAUGAAGAGGUUUAUAAGGAGCAGAUGGAGAAAGUGAUCAAGUGGAGAGUGGCUUUGACUGAAGCUGCCAAUAUUUCUGGAUGGGAUUCUCGAGAUGGGUAUUUUUAACUGCAAUUUUUUUUUCCUUUGCCUUCUAGGUGUAUGAUGUCAUGAUGCUGAAACUUUAAAGCUUGCAUAGCCAUAUAAAAUUGGAAAUCAUAGGAUGAUCAAUAGAGAGAUUGAUCCAAGAUGAUUGACUUAAACCCAUGUAUGGAUUAAGUUGUAUUUUGCUGCCUGUGACUGAAUGAUGUUUAGAUGAACAUGAUCUCACAUAUGCAAGGAAAUCUCUCCAUGGCUGUGAUCAAAAUUAUGAAGAUGGAAUAACUUGGAUCCAA